UAGGUCACUUAUACUGGAGUACACCAUCGGUUUGCUUUCAACUCCUAUUGUUUUCUUUCAAGAAAAGCGAAACAAGGGGAGGAAAAUGUGAAAUUUUGGAUACAUGUCAAUAUCUUUGAUUAUUCGGCCGUAUAUGUGCUUAGGUAAACUUUUAAAUGAUAUCAAAUCAGACGUCGUAAGACAUCGAGAUCCAGGCGUGGUGUUGUCUGUCUCAAUUCUGUAGAUGCCUAAGAAUUUCAAAGACCAGCCCGGGCGACACUGGCCAUUUCACGGAUGUUGUAGACGAUUUAAGAUGGGGCUUUAUGUUCGCCCUAAAAACCAGCAAGAACAAGAAAUGGCAUCAAGCAAUCAAGACACAGUAAAAGUUCAAUUGUACGGCCAAAAGGAGAAGUUACAAAUUCCAUGGCAUGAGAAAUUAACUGGAGAGAUGGUGUGCAAGAAGGCUGCGGCUAAGUGUAACAUCCAAUGCCUGAGCUCUACGCUGUUCGCAAUCUGCCACAGGGAGACUAAGAUGUGGCUUAGCCCCAAGGAACGCAUUGAGAAGGACAGCGAUCUUAUAUUUAGAUUUCGUUUUCACGUGGUGACUGAUGCACACGCGCUAAACUCAUAUGAGGAGCAAGUGCUUAAUUACCUCUACGAACAGUUCCAUGAUGAUUUUAUCCAUGGACAGAUUGAAGACCUGAGUACAGAGGACAGACUAGGCUUGAUCGUCAUUAGCAUUCUUCAACACAACAAGGGUAGCCACCCCUUGCGGAUGACCUCCGACAGCCACUUCAAGUCUUUUGUCCCGAAGGAAUGGUUUAGGUGUCUCAACAAAAUUGAUAAACACCGAUUAAAGAUGAAGGUUAGAGGUAGCCUGAGAAAGUUCACGGAGGAGAGUGGAGAUGGAAGUACGUGCUACCGCUUGAUGUUUCUGGCUUCUCUGAUUGACAACAAGCCGAUGCUAAUUGUGGAACAGUAUCACGUGAUGCAAGGUGAAAGACCUUGCAUUGUGCGUAUAUCUGCAAACAAAGGAAUUGAGAUUGAAUGCCAGCAAAAUUUAGCAAUUAAAUGGAGACUUAUGGAUCUGACUGAUAUCAAUAUUUACAAGCGGCUAGGAGACCAAGAUGUAUGGACUGUCCAGUUAAACCGUCGCAACGGCUGUCCAGAGUUUCUGCAGCUGAAGACAAGACAAGAGGCAGAGGGUUUGGUCACCCUCCUUGAUGGGUAUUAUCGGCUUCUCAUAGACUACUACCAUUUCUUAUGCAAAGAACUAGCGCCACCAUCGCUCGAUCUUCUUACCAAGAACAGAUGUCAUGGACCCAUACCACGAACCGAGGCAUUUGACAAACUGCGAAAAGCUGGACUGGAUGAUGGCACUUACCUAAUUCGCCAAAAUCCUGAGAAGUAUGACAGUUAUUGUCUGAGUGUAGUGUAUGGCCAAGAAUUCAAGAACUACAAAAUCAAAAUUGAAGAUGGUGAACGUGUAUCAUUGAAUGAGCAAAAUUCGUUUGAAUCAUUACGAAGUUUAAUGGAAUUCUACCGAAAUCAAGAGAAUUGCUGGUGCUUGGACGGCCCGCUUAAAAAGUGUAUAACAAGUACAUCAAGCUCUGGUACCACCACGGACAACUCCUUAUUAAUUACAAGCCGAACAGGGUGUCCAGCGCCUCCAAGUUCUCCAAUUCCGACUCGUACCAGUAUGAACUACAUCCGUGAAUCCGACUUAACAGAUCCUUCUACAUGGCGCCCUCUUGGUAACGGCAAAUUUAUUGAGGUGAAGCUGGGAGAGCUAAAUCAGCUUGGAAUACCUGUACGUAGAGUUAAUGCUGUUAUUAAGAUGCCAAAAGAAGGUGCUCCAUCAGACUUCAAUAUGAUGUUCAGCCAGCUAGCAGACAAAUUGUCGGGACUGAAGCAUGCGCAUAUCAUUCGCUUUGAAGGCAUAAGUUUCAACUACCGCAGUAUCUUUGAGUAUGCUGAUAAAGGACCAUUGGAUAAGUACCUGGACAGUUACAAAUUGCACCUCAAGAAACCUCACCUUCUGCAUGCAGCCACACAAAUAGCAGAUGCACUAGAAUUUCUGGAGAAGAAACAAAUUGUUCAUGGCAGCAUAGCUGCCCACAAUGUUCUUGUCAAGCAUCCCCCGCCUCGCUUCCACGUAAAAAUAACUGACCUGAUGAUUGGCCGUUACUACUUUAAACUUGAAGAUCGUCAUCCAAUCAGAAUGAAGAGAGUGCGUUGGACUGCACCAGAGUUGCUAAGGGGAAAGCAUGAACCGACAAUGGCCAGUGACAAGUUUAGCUACGGUGUUUCACUAUGGCAGAUUAUCGCUUACGGGCGCAAGCCCUAUGCUGAGCUAUCUGAUGAACAGGUCCGAGGCUUAUAUUUGAAUGGACGAAUUCCUGAGGUUGGCGACUGCCCAGAAGAGUUAAAGGAGAUAGUAAACAGAUGUUUGAUGUUUCAACCAUAUAACAGACCCUCAUUCCGAGAUGUCUUGCGAGAUGUUAGACAGGUUAUGUUGAAGGUGGUCGGAGAUUAUGCCGGUGAUAGGGAAAACAAUGAUGUAUUUGUGUAUGAUGAACUUUUCCCAUCGGCUUUUUCCAACAACAGUGACAGCCAACCAAACCAAAAUUCCAAUGGAGAACUAGUUCCUGUGCAGUCUCCUGACAACAAUAAUACAUUUGCUGUUGCGCCUACAUUGAAUGAUUCUGCCCAGGAUCCCGAGUGGGACCCCGAACUGGAUAUAAUGAUGGAUAUAGACCAGGAGUUCCACUUGCGUGAUAUACCAAAUGAUAACUUACAGAUGCAAGCCAAACUCGGUGAGGGUUUUUAUGGCGAGGUUCAUAAAGCUAUCUGGAAGUUGGAUGGAGGAUUUGCACUCGACACCGAGAAAGUUGUGGCUGUGAAAAUGCUGAAAGAAAAGCAUUACGAAAAGUAUUACGAAGCUUUCAAAAGAGAGAUCCAAUGGAUGGGCAGCCUCGACCACAGGAACAUCGUUAAAGUCUUGGGAGUUUGUAAAGGACGGUAUAUCAGAUUAGUACUAGAGUUUGUUCCACUUGGUGCUCUCAAGAUGUAUUUGAAGGACAAAAGGAACACUGUGUCAACUAAUACAUUGUAUUUAUUCUGCACACAAAUCUGUGAUGCUAUGCACUAUCUUGGAAACCAGGAGGGUAUGUGUAUUGUGCACAGGGACUUAGCGGCCAGGAACAUCUUGGUAGCCAGUGAAGACCACGUCAAGAUAACUGAUUUUGGCCUAGCCAAGAGUUUUGGGUCUGAUAGAGAUUAUUAUGUUGUCAAGGGCAGUGUGGACAUGCCAUACAAAUGGUAUGCGCCAGAAUGCAUUUUUCAUCUUAAAUUCAGUCGUGAGGGGGACGUGUGGAGCUUUGGCGUUUUGAUGUGGGAGAUGUUUACGUAUGGAAUGGCACCAACGUACCUUGACAAAAAUGGUAAGGAAGUACCAUCGGGUAGAAUCGUGGAAUUUCUCGAAGGUGGUGGACGGUUACAUCAAAGAAGCACACCUGAUGAAGCAUAUGAGAUAAUGGGCAGAUGCUGGCAAACUGAACGCAGGGAUCGGCCCUCAUUCGCAGACCUCAGCAAGACUUGUAAAGAUUUGAUGAGCGGUGACCAGCCCUCGUAAUGAUACACGCCAUCACAUGCCAUGCCAUCUAUCAUAUUCAAGAGUGCGUUAACAACUCGCCGCAUAAUUAUACGAUCGUUGAAAACAAACACCGCAUUCUUUUUAUAAUUUUAUUCGGUAAGGAUUGUGAAAUGAACUAAAUUAAGAUGACAAGGUCAUAGGUCAUAUGUGAGUAUAUAAUUAACGAGAAAUUAGAACUGUUUAUAUUUCAAAUUUUUUAAACAUGACCAUGUUUGUUAUUUGGUUGACAUAUUGUUUAGCUUUCAUAGUUUAAAAUAUCUUUCCUGUUUUUUCAAAUGAUAAGUAUUUCAAAUUAUAAUAUCGGUUUGUAGAUAGUAUUUACACACAUGGACAGUAUCCUUGGAAGGCAAAGCGUUCAAACCCUGAUGUUACAGCUUUUUUAGUUCAAACUAGAUCUGUGUGUAUUAAAUUACACACCAUCUUCCAAUAGUAUGCAUACCAACUUCAAUAUUUUUUUUUAGGAUUAGGAAAUUUUUUUUUUUCCCAUCUCAUUUGAAAAACAAAUAUUUUGAUGUACAGUGACACAUUUUAUUUACUGUUAAAGCUUUUCUUUGUCUAUGGAUUUUAUGUAUUAGUUAGGGCAAAGCAAUAUAUAUUUAGUUUAUCUUCUUUACUGAAAUAAAAUGCUAUAUUACACAUGUGCCAAGUAAGUACACAUCUGCUCUAGAUUCCCAAGGAGGAUAAAUACAAACAUGUAAAGGAUUUUUUUUUUUAAAUAUAAACAUGUAAAGGAUUUUUUGGCAAACAGCUCAACAAUGUAGUGUACUGUACUGUAAUGUAUUCCCUAUUGGUUUAUCUUAUGUUGACAUUUGAAAAUACCUUACCAUAGAUAAAAACAAGUAUUCAAUAAAUAUAACUUUUGUUAUUAUUAUCAUCAAUAAAUUGAUUUUAAUUUGAAAAAUUAUACUUUGAAAUAUUUUAUAUAUUGAUUUUGGUAUUGCUUGUUAUUUUUUGUAUUGUGAUAUUGGACGCAAACUUGGUGUUUAUUGUCUUGAUUUUACUGUGCUAAUGCCUUUGAGUAAAGAAAUCAAAGAGAAGAUGCACACAGUUCAUUUGCAAUUGAAUUCCUCUGUUAUGGGGGAAAGUGCUAUGCCUGUCAGUGGAGCAAUGAAUUUCAAUUGUGGGUGUAGCUGAUAGGUAGAUUACAAAAAGCUAAGUAAGGUUUCUUCUUUUUUUUUUAAUGGUGAGUUGUGUUCAGCAUUAGAAUGUCCAAUACAAACUGGAAUUGAAUCAUUGAUGUAAGUUUUCCCCUCUGUAAUUAGGAUAUAAGGCUUUGUGGUAUUUGUUAAUAUUUUUUGUGGGGUUUUGUGUGUGAAAUCAGAUAUUGGAGAUAUGUUAAUAUGUAGUCUGCCGGCACCAGUAGAUAAACUUCAUGGUGUUCAUUCGAAGUAGAGUCUAAUUACAGUAAUCGUGAAAUAAGAGGGUGCCAUUCUGUAAAAAUUGUUAUACAUAUCAGCUGGUUUUUAACAAAGCUUGCGUUACUAAUUAUAAUGUCUUCUGCUCCUUGCCAGUGUGUGCCCCUUUGCAAUGCAGGUACACAGAUAUCUUGAAUUUUGUGUCGGUUAUACAUUGCUUUAAAAAUCAUUAAUCUAACUGAGAAUUGACAAAUAUUGGUAUGAAAUUGUCGAGGAUCUGUCAUGCAUAACUAUGGCAUUUGCAAGUGUUUGUGGAUUGUUGAUAUGCGACAGUUUUACAUUAAGCCUAAGCUACACGUUGGAAUUUCAAUUGUGUUUUUUCCAAAAAUGAUUUGGUGCUUAAAAUCUAUUUUCAACACUUUGCUCUCUUUUUAAAAAAACUAGUCAAAUACUGUAGUUGCUCAAGUCAAUGUUAGGACCUCAAUGGAAACAAGUAGAGUAACUGCAGAAAUGUUGUUUCUGUUUUUAAAUUUUGCAACACAGCAGUUUUGUGAAAAAAUUGGAAUGUAUUCUGGCUAGAUUUAACAACAUAAUGUAUCUUCAAACCAAAAAAAAAUGAUUCAGAAUUUAGGAAAAUGGGUGAAAUACUUUAAAAUAUAUUUGAAAUUAAAAGAAUACUAAUUUACAAAUUACAUGACUUUAUAAUUGCUCAUUGUGAAAUGCAUACCAUUAUAUACGUGCCUUAUCAAGUAAAACUGAGCAUUUUCACUAACAACAUUAACAUUUCUUUAGUAUUAGGUUCAUUUUAUCAUUGAUUAAUUUGUAUGCAAUCUGAAAAUAUAAAAAUCAAAUUUUGAACAAGAUAUUCAAAUACCUUAUUAAAAGUGUAUUUAAUCUUUGAAACACAUA